CAAAAAAUAUACCCGCCCUUAGAGGGACGGGUCAGAAUCUAGUUUUUGUUUAAUGUUAUUUCUUGUUAAGAAACAAAUGAGCACAAACUAUCGUCUUCAAUGGCACAUUAUAAAAAACCGUCUCUUAACUUUUAACUAAAGUUAUAUUUGACUUAGAGUAAGGUUCUUAUCGGAAUAUAAGAAACCAUCUCUUAACUUAUAUUCCGCUAAGAACCCACUCUAAUAACCCCCAUUAAUCAUGCUUUAAGAACUCCAAAGAAAAUAUGUCUAUUACCAAAAGAUAUGUAACAUUCGCAUACUUUUCCAAUGGACCAUCCAAUUUUCCUUUAUACAAUUUUUUUUUUUCUGAGCAUCACUUAAUUGUCAUUUGGAUAAACUAAAAGAACAGGUUAGUAUAUAUUUCCAAUUGAAAUUUUGUUAGAAAAAGUUCUGUAUUUUUUCAUGUACCUAUCAAAUUAGAGCAUACAAUCUUCAAUUUGAUCAACACAAUUUGUGUAUUUUCAACUUGUCUUAUCUGUAGUGGUAUUCAUAGCCAAGCCAAAUAAAAAUUUCUAAAAUUAAUUUCUAAGUUGGUUAUUGAAAUCACCUGAAAAAUCAGCAAUGUAAACCAUUUUAAUUUCUUUACCCACAGCAUAUAUAUGUACUUUUUUAAACAUUGCGUAUAUAUAUAUGUAUAUAUAUAUAUAUAUAUAUAUAUAUGUAGUUUCCUUUAAAAUGUAAUUAUAAAGAAUCAAAAUGCAAUUGCUCAAAAUUUGUAAAUUUUAUCAGAAAUUCAACUUUAAUUUGUUGAAGUUAAAGGAAGAAAUUAUAUAUUAAUUCUUCCAAAUACUCAUCGUUCUAAUAUGUUACUAAAAAUUAAGCACAACUAAAAGUAAAUAAACAAAAACCUAAACAUUUUUCAAGCGACAGUCAAAUUGUAGCACAAUCUUCAAUUUACAUAAAGUAAACUGACUAGACGUUCGCUCUAAAGCCUCUAAUAUUAUCUUGGGAGAGAAAUCCCUGGUCACCGUUGUGGAAAGUGACGGUGAUAAACACGUGACCAUGACUUGUAGUGGAUUUUCUCCUGUGAAGCCUUCCAACAGGAACCACCGCUCACUUCGCCUGCGCCGGCUAAUUUUACAUUUUCAGACCCGUCGGUUCCACGGACCCAGGUUGCAAACGAUUAUUUUUUGCUAUUACAAUUUCUGAAAAAUUAACAAAAGUAAUAUUAAAAAAAAAAUGAAACCAUGUAUGUGACAAAGUUUAUUACUUUUCUUGCGCAUCAAGCAAGACUACGACUGGUUAGUAUCCAAUAAACUGAUGUACUAAGCGUUUUUGUGAAACGCACAUAUGUGUUGCAGUUGCAGACAGGAAAAAAGUUACUAGAGCAUUUGUAACUAGUAAUAUCAUGAUAUUCAUUAGUCAUAACCAUUUUUAGUUUCAUCACAUACACAUCAAUCUGUUGAUACUAAACGAUAAUCAAUUACGACAUAAAUUCGCUUGGUUAGAGUUCGUUUAUACAUUAGGCAGCUGAUAUCAGUUAAUUUGGUCUUCGUAAUUUAUUUAUUUUCCCAUUUGCUACAUGAAUUAAUUAGGUGGGUGGACUAAAAUUGUAAAUGCUGGAGCAUUUGGCUAUAUAUAGAAAUAUUCGAUAUCGUCCAAUUAAUAAACUGAUAUGCACGCAUAUUUUGUGAAACUUAGUUACAUGCAGGAAAAGACUAGAGCGUGUCUUCUAAUUAUUUCAUGACAGAUACAUCGGUUUAUAUUGAUAAAAAUUCUAUAUGGCGAAAAAAUGAGAAGUGUAGGGUUAAGCAAAAAGCGUAAAUGCAAAUUUUAUCUCUAUAUAUAUAAACACCGUCACCGAAAGGAGUGUAGUUUUACCUCAAAAAAAUAUACUUUCUUGCUAUAAAUACGUAGAGAGAGAGAGAAGCAUGGCACUCCAUGGGGAUUCUUCCGGGGAGUUUGACAUCAAGUCUCCGGCCGACAAAUUCUUUACAUCUUUCGCCGACGACAUAAGUAGCACUUUUCGCAUAAUAUCGAAGGAGAAAAGAACAGUGACGCUGAGUUUGAGUGGGAAUCUAGUCUCCGAUAGCUACAAGAGGUUCAAAGCAACCAUCACGGUCACUCCUGCGGAAGACGAGGACAAUGGUAGCCGCGUAGUGUGGACCGUCGAGUUCGAGAAGAUCCGCCAUGACAUCGAGGAUCCAAUGUGGAUCAUCGACAUUCUUAUCAAUUAUUUAAAGGAGACUGAUGAAAAUCUUAAUAUAUAGCUUUUUAAAUCACAAGGUGCGUCUUUAUUUAGGAUCUAACAACUUAGUUGAAAAAGUUUUGAGAUAUGUUUCUAGUUUAUUGCAGCUGUAUUUUGUUUUAUCACGUUCGGCAUAUUAGGGUGUAUAAACUCGUAAGGCUUUAAGAUGAAUGAUAUAUAGAUCAAUUUGCAAAUUAUUGUUUUUACUAUGGUAAGUUUAAGAAAGAGUAAAAGGUGACAUCUAUCAGCACAAAUUAUAUGACUUUUGAGUUAACUAGAAGUCUACUCCUAACUAUGGUAUCUUCAACUUGUUGAAUUAUAUAGGAGAGUAUUUUUAACGCUGAAUUUCAUUUAUAUAUAUAUGAGUGUGAAUUCAUUUCUAAAAAGGAAAUUUAUGUUAUUACUAAAGUGCAUUUGUUCGGCUAGACCAUGUUUUCCUCGGCCAAAAACGUAAAAGCAGUAAAAACAUAAGAAUCUGUUUUGCAGUGCAUAGUGCAUACUGAUGAGUUGUCAUUUACUUCUUUUGCCUGGCCAGCAACAUGUCAAUAACGCAGCGGUCAGUUUCUGAAAUUUUUUCCUGCAAUAAUCAAAUUAAAAGCACAGUUUCCAGUUUUGUAUUAACUAAUGGACCUUUUACUAAUGGAUACAUAUACCAAGAUCCAAAUUCUCAAACAAAAUUGAAGUUGCAUACCGAUUAACAUCCCUAAAUUGAUAAAUUUAAACCAAAACCAAACUGAAACACACACUCUAUUUUUUUUUUUUAAUUUCAGUGUUCUUCAAAUAUUAAAACCGGUAAAACAUGAAACUAAAAUAUCUUUAUUAAAAUCUGAAACAUUUGAGGGGAUUUAUUGGUGGUGAUGUUUGGUGCAUUGUCAAGAGGGAAAUAUGAGCUGUUAGACUAAGGCGAUCCUAUAAUCUUUAUUUUAUUUUUCUAUUAACGUAUAUGUUUGAAUUAAUUAGUAAGAGAAUGGCGGGUGGGACACAUUUUAGACCUUUCAAUUUCUCUUUCUCAUUUCCAAUCAUUGUCCUAAACUAAUCCCUACAUCGGCUCCACUAGUUUAAAUUGUAUUUGGGUUUUUCUAAUUGUCUAACUAGAUAAAAAACGCCGCUAACUUUUGAUAACCGAUCAAUAUCGAGAAAGCAAUCAAAGCUGUAUUAAUAAAUAAUUUACAAGUCUCAGUCUUGGAUUGAUAUUGCCUUCAUCCUUUACUGGCUUCACCCGUUAUCCUAUCGUCUCUGUUUCGAUUUUACCAAGAUAUAACUCUUAUGUUCUUUAUUUAUGAUUGUGUAAGGAAAUCGAUUAACGUAGAAUCAGAAGAAGUGUUAGACCUUGCCCGCGCUAGGUAUUCUCCGAAGCUGUUUAGCCACGAAUUGCAGUUCAAAUGCAAUCAGUUGGAUUGGUAAUGCCUGCGUUGUGUUACUGACUCAUGCUUAGAGAUUCUACAUAUAUAUAUAGUUCUACGUAGUUUGUUUUUUUCCUUAGUCGCGAUUUCAGCUCGUGCCCCAAAAUAAGAAUACAAACCUUGGAUACAUUUUUGUUGAUGAUGGGGUACGUAUGAGCCAAAACACAACAAUGGUAGAUACACCUUGAGGGGGAGGAGGAAGAGGGGGAUAAUAUGACGAUGAUGGAGUAUUUAUGUGGACAUAGGGAAUAUUAAUUGGCGUCAAGUGAAGAAAAUUCGAAGUAGUUUUCAUUUUCUUAUUGAGAUUUAUGAUUUGUUGGAUUGUUCGUUUUGUCACACAAAAAAAAGAGAUAGUCCUAUCCAUGAUCCUAGUUGUUCUUCAUAACUUCUAAACAACUCAGUGGAAUCGAUCGUUUCUAGGGUUGUUUAUGGACUGAUUAUCCUCUGAGGUGUCUUAAUUAGUUUACCAUAAAAUUACACUUUCUUUUUAUUUAAUUAUCCACAUAAGAAUUAAAACAAUCAAUAAUUUACAGUAAUUUAAUUAUUUUUAGUGGUAAACUUCUAUAAUUCUCCAAAUAAAAUGGAAAUUAAUAUCAAUAGUUAUCAAGAAAGAAAAAUUAGUAUCACAGAAUUAUACUAAAGAAUAUUUCGAAGGUUUUAUGCCAGCGAUUGAAAAUCUAUCUUCCAUUGCUCAUAUCAGAAACUCAAUCGGCUUUCGUGGCAUGAAGGCUGAUUUCCGAUAAUAUCCUUAUCGCUCAGGAAAUGUUUUAUGGAUUACGGACCAAUAAAGCAUGUCAAGGAAAGUAUAUGGCAAUCAAAACGGACAUGAGUAAAGCGUAUGAUAGAGUGGAAUGAGACUUUAUUAGGGCAUUAUUAUUGAAAUUAGGAUUUGAUCUUCAUUGGGUCAAAUUGAUGAAGGAAUGCAUAUCGUCAGUUCAAUACAUGGUUCUCAUAAAUGGUCAACCACGAGGUCUCAUUGUUCCCCUUAGAGGCCUACGGCAAGGAGAUCAUUUAUCGCCUUAUUUAUUUAUUUUAUGUACAGAGGCUCUAAUUGCAAAUAUAAAAAAAGGCAGAGAGAAGUCAACAAUUAACAGGGAUGAGGGUAGCAAGAGCUUGUCCGGCGAUAUCACACUUGCUUUUUGCGAAUGAUAGUUUUUUCUUUUGUAAAGCUCAAAAAGAGGAGUGUCAAACCAUUAUUCGGAUUUUAAAGGAAUAUGAGGCAUUAUUAGGACAGUUAAUCAAUUUUGAUAAGUCUUCAAUUCAAUUUGGACACAAGAUUGAAGAGUAUGUCAGACAAGAAUUAAGGGAUAUUUUGGGUAUUCAGAAUAUUGGAGGAAUGGGAUCUUACCUUGGUUUGCCGGAAAAUAUGGGGGGGGGGUUCAAAGAUUCAGGUUUUUAGUUUUGUACAAGAUCGGUUAAAUAAUCGAGUUAAUGGAUGGACGUUUAGGUUUUUCACGAAAGGAGGGAAGGAAGUGAUCAUUAAAUCAGUGAUUACAGCAUUACCAAAUCACACGAUGUCCAGCUAUUGGUUACCAAAGGCUACUGUAAAGAAACUGACGAGUGUGGUUUCACAAUUCUGGUGGAGUCCAGGGGGAAGUACUAGAGGCAUGCAUUGGAAAUCAUGGGACAAAGUAUGUGCAGCAAAAGAUGAAGGAGGUUUGGGUUUUAAGGACAUCACUGAUUUCAAUAUGGCGAUGCUUGGUAAACAGUUAUGGCGACUGAUUGAAAAGCCCAAUACGUUAUUUUCUCGAGUUUUCAAAGGUCGGUAUUACAGGAAUGCUUCAUCUUUGGAACCAAUUCGUUCAUACUCCCCGUCUUACGGCUGGCGGAGUAUUAUUUCUGCUAGAUCUCUGGUAAGCAAAGGACUAAUCAAAAGGGUUAGAUUAGGAUCUUCUAUUUCGGUAUGAAAUGAUCCUUGGCUCCCAACUACUCGCCCGAGACCAGCUAAUAAAAAUCAACACAACUUAUAUCCGGAUCUUAAAGUCGAGUCUCUCAUUGACUCUGCUUCGCAUACUUUGAAUUUGGAGGCAAUUCGGGCUUUGGUGGAUCCCCAAAAUGCAAAACUUAUAGAAAGCAUUCCAUUGAGUAGGACUUAGCGGAUAGAUAAAGAUGGAUGGCAUUUUACAAAAAGCGGGAAAUAUGCGGUCAAAUCAGGGUAUCAGGUCGAGAGGAUCUAUCCAGAUAGAGAAAGACCACCAUUACUGAUUGGCCCCACGGUUGAUGUUUUAAACGCUUUCUGUUGGAAAAUACGCUGCUCACCAAAGAUCAAACAUUUCCUAUGGCAAUUAGUGACAUGGUGUAUAGCAGUGCGGAAAAAUUAACAAUCAAGGGGGAUUCAGGGGGAUAUUUGCUGUGUAAGGUGUGGAGCUAAUGAGGAAUCGAUAAAUCAUGUAUUUUUUUAAUGUCCUCCAGCUAUUCAGGUUUGAGCGCUUUCGAAGAUACCAUCAAACCCAGCUUUUUUCCCAACAAAAGCACUUUUCACAAAUAUGGAUCAUCUAUUUUGGAGAGUCCUCCCGCAGAUGGAGGAUCAUCAGUUUGCUUGGAUACUUUGGUACAUUGGGAAAGCCAGGAAUAAUAAAGUUUUCAGUAAUUUGGAUAUGGAUCCCAUGGAUACGCUUAAACUGGCAGAAACGGAGUCGACAUUAAAGCACAAGUCUUAAAUGCUCAGGGAACGGCUCCACAAAUAAGUACGACAUUACCAUCAAUCCCUGGAAGAUGGUGUUUUACGGAUGGUUCGUGGAAAGAAGAUUCAAAUUUCUCAGGACAAGGCUGGCUCAGUACUUUGGUAGGGUUUGAUGGAUUGAUGGGGGCAAGGAAUGUUCGGGCUAGUCUCUCGCCUCACUACAAGAAAACAGGAUCUUAACGACUACAAUAUUAACAGCCUAUUGGUCGUAAUAUAGGCUUUACGACCAAAAAGCUUCAAAAAACGAUUGGUCGUUAAAAGCUGGUCGUAAAUAAUUAUUCGAGGCACAUUGGUCGUAAAGUUACGACUAAAGACUUUAGUCGUAAAGCAGACGUAAAUGUACGACUAAGUAAAUUGGUCGUAAGUUCAAUGUAAAAGUAUUAGUCGUACAUGUGACGCACAUUUACGUCUCGCAAAUUAGAUGUAUAUAGGUCGUAAACUUACGACCAAUUUGCUUCUAUGUCGAUGCUUAUUUGUCGAAAUAUAACAA